CAUCAUGUGAUCAAACAUUAAAAAUGGCUUCUUCUAAGGAUGUUGCUACGAUGAUGAUUCUUUUAGGGUUUUUAUCAAUGGCACUAUGUUAUGAAGGAUCUUUAGCUGUGAAACGUAAAGCAAAGCAGCCAAAUAUUGUUUUUAUUCUUACUGAUGACCAAGACGUAGCUCUCUUUGGUCAGUAUCCAAUGCCAAAAACCAAAAAGCUAAUAGCAGAUGUUGGAAUGACAUUUACUAAUAUGUUUGUAACGAGCCCCCUUUGUUGUCCUAGCCGAUCAAGUAUUCUCUCUGGUCGAUUUCUACAUAAUCACAUGACCACAAACAACAGCUUAAGUGGCAACUGCAGUAGCACUGCCUGGCAAAAUUCAGCUGAGAAAAAAGCUUUUCCAACCUUCUUACAAGCUAAUGGAUACAGAACGUUCUUCGCUGGAAAAUAUCUUAAUGAGUAUGGAUCACCUGAAGUUGGGGGAGUAGAACAUAUCCCUCCUGGUUGGGAUGUGUGGAAUGGCCUUGUUGGAAACUCAGUAUAUUAUAACUACACUCUCUCUGCGGAUGGAAAGGCUGAAAAACAUGGAGACAAUUAUUCCGUGGAUUAUCUCACUGAUGUCAUACAUCAUAAGGCGCUAAAGUUUCUUACAACGAGGACUUCCAAGCAGCCGUUCUUCAUGAUGCUGUCUACACCAGCUUGUCACUCACCUUUCAAGUCAGCGCCCCAGUACAUGGUCAACUUUACUAAUGAGAAGGCCCCAAGAAAUAAACAAUUUAACAUUCAUGCUCAAGACAAACACUGGCUAAUACAACAAGCAGUGACACCAAUGCCUAAUGACACUAUUGAUAUGAUUGAUGGAUUCUUUAGAAACAGAUGGAGAACGCUUCUUUCUGUGGAUGAUAUGGUUGAAGGUGUGAUUAACAAACUGACAGAUAUUGGUGAACUUGACAACACUUACAUUUUCUUUUCUUCUGAUAAUGGCUAUCAUUUAGGUCAGUUUUCUUUGCCUUUUGACAAGCGGCAAUUUUAUGAUUUUGAUAUUCGAGUUCCCUUGAUGGUUCGAGGUCCUGGUAUAAAAGCUAAUACAACUUGCCAGGAUCUAAUCAUGUCCGUUGAUUUUGCACCAACAUUCCUAAACAUCAGCGGCUCAUCGCAGUCUGUUGUUGAAAACUUUGACGGCAUGUCCUUUCUUUCCCUUCUCACUCAUUCAUCUCCCCUUAGUUCCAACACAUCACCACGCCCAUCUAUAUCCAGAAGUUUUAUUUCUGAAACAAAAUUUAGCCCUCCAAGUCUUUUUAGUGCUCAAUUCUCUUUUGGUGAUGAGAGUUUUCGAGACGCCAUUUUGGUAGAGUAUGUUGGUGAGCACCUGAAUAGAGUACCCCACUGUCCUAGAUAUAGAAACCAAGGAUUAGCAAACUGUGACAAUCACUGUGUAUGUGAGGAUGCCUGGAACAAUACGUAUGGCUGCAUACGUUACGAAACACAACAAGAAAGCUACAAGUACUGUGCUCUACAGGACAAUGAUAACUUUGUUGAGGUGUAUGACUUAAAAGCUGACCCGUAUGAACUCAACAACAUAGCCAAGACAGCAUCACCUGACCUGCUGACCAAACUUAGCCAGGACUUAGCCGAUCUGUCCCUUUGUUCUGGCUCUACAUGCCACAAGAAGAGUCCCUACCCUUCCCACUAACCUUUAACCUUUUUCUGUUUAACAAUUAAGGUACAUAUCACAAGAAAACUCCCCUUCGUUCCAUACAACCCUAACACUGUACCCAUAUUUAGUACCCAAGCUUUUUUGGAGCUUUGCUAAAAAAUAAAAUAUUCUGUCACUAUAUUUUUAAUUACAUAUUUGGUUAGUAUACAUAUCUUAAAGCUGCAUUACAUUUUUUUUUUCUUCAUAUCAAUUUUUAAGUUCGCAAUUUUUAAAAUAAUUCUAAUACUUAAUCAGUUUCCUACUCACAAAACAUAAUUACUUUGAGUCUUCUAGUCAUUUUUUUUUGUUUUACACAAGCCAGUGGGCACAAAAAUUGUACAAUCAUUCAUAUCAACUACUCAACAAUUUAAAUCAGAUAAACAUUUUGUCCUAUUGUUUAAGGAAAUUCUUGUCAUUAGAUUUCAAUUUUCCUUUACCAAAAAAAUCCCUAAAAAAAUUUGUUUUACACCUGUAAACUUUGACAUAUUUUGAAGAAUUUAUUUGAUUCUUGUUUUUUUUUGGCACAGAAAAAAAAUCUUUUCUGUAUGGUCAGUAAUACCUCUGUAUUGUACAAGAGUUGUUGGAAAAAAGUAUUAUUGCAUUAUACUAAUUCAUUUAUUCUAAAUGAUAACACUUUUGUCCUAUAGUUGGAACUGUACAAAUUUUACAUACUGCCAUAUGACUCUGCCUGAAGUCAUACUGUUAUUAGCAUGGUUUUGAUUGAUCACAUGUCUACAUUAUCGUUCUGUGGCAUAGGUAAUUGAUAUAUUACUUAUUAAUACCCAAGUUUGCGGGUAUUGCUACCGUAAUUUUGGCUGCUACCGAAGCUUAUCUAACCUUAUCAGCAUACCAUCAAUAAUCUACACUUUGUUUGGGUGAUUCAUCACUUGCCUUUACCCAACAGCAUUGAAACAAAGUAUUCAUAUGUCACUACACAUCAUAAAAAGAUGUGUUUAGUUUCAUUAUUUUGUUGAGACAUUUUCUUAAUUCAUAGUUGAUAACAGAACUGCUUGUCUAAGACAAUGUCUUGCUGUAAACGAGAUUUUACUAAGUAUUUGUAUGUCACUACACAUCAUGUAAAGACGUGUUUAGUUUCAUUAUUUUGUUGAGACUUUUUCUUAAUUCAUAGUUGAUAACUGCUUGUCUAAGACAAUGUCUUGCUGAAAACAAGAUUUUACAACUAGGUUACGGUUUAUGUACUUAGUUGUAAUGUUACUGUUGUUACGUAAUUUUAGUAUUGGUGGAGAGAUCACUGUUUACAAUGUUGAAUUUUACUUACUUUUUAAUGCUAAUUAUUAAAUCUUAAUUAGAAAAUUUGAAUAACGUCCAAAAUUUGCUUCUGUCAAAAAUAUAAAAAUAGUAGACAGAAGCAUUUGAAUGCCAUUCGCUCAUAAAUUAAAACGUCUUUUUUUUUUUUUGGCUUAAACAAAUACAUCAGCAUUUACGUUAAAAUUUUUUUGUGUGAUAACUAUUUAUAGAUCACUUCUUGCUAAUUAUUCAUGUAUGAGUCUUUCAAAGUUUAUCUAUGUACAUAUUCUGGUGUAGGUUUACCUUGCUCAACCUUUCUCCC